AUGUCGAAUUGGAUACGUAAGCAGAUUAGCGAGGACGAGAUACACGCACGCCCUGCGUUCCAAAUAAAUCCGAAUUGGCAGGUUCCAAUGUCGAUGGAAUUAAGGGAUUAUCUGCUUAAAGAAAAAACAAAUCUUGAUGGUUCCACUGUAGACGCCGAUUUUGGCAUACCCAUAAUUACCUCCAUAUUGAAAGUGUUUCAUCUUCUUCUACAUUUUCGUGGGGGAAGGGGAGAUAUUGAGAUCUUUGUUUCGUUUGGUCACUCAUCUUCCAUAUACUGUACUACUCACAUGAAGGAAGAUGAAAGGAAGAGAGGUUCUGAAGAAGGAUCUUGGGUCAUGACAAUUGACAAGAAUGCGUUGCAAAACCUUCUCGGUAAUAGUCUUCCGUGUUGA